AUGAAGCUUUUGGAUCUGUUCAUAACCUCGUCGAUACCAGUAGGAAAGAUUCUUCUGAUAACAGGAAUCGGAUUUUACUUGGCUCUUGAUCGUGUUAACAUUCUGAACCAAGAUGCUAGAAAACAGCUCAACAACAUAGUUUUCUAUGUGUUUAGUCCUUCACUUGUUGCAAGCAGUCUAGCUGAGACUAUUACUUAUGAAAGCUUCGUUAAAAUGUGGUUCAUGCCACUCAACGUUCUGCUCACAUUCAUCAUUGGCUCGUUUCUUGGUUGGAUUGUCAUCAAGAUCACUAAACCUCCUCCACAGCUCCGUGGCAUCAUAGUUGGUUGCUGUGCUGCUGGGAAUUUGGGAAACAUGCCACUCAUCAUUAUCCCAGCUAUAUGCAAUGAAAAGGGAAGUCCUUUUGGAGAUCCUGAGACUUGUGAGAAGUACGGACUAAGUUAUGUUGCACUCUCUAUGGCGGUAUGUAACCAUUUCUUAAUCACUUAUUCUUCUAAAGGUUGUGUAAUUAUAAUGAUAAUUACAAGUCAAAAACGUUUGUGUGCUAAUAUUGUGUAUUUGACAGUUUGGAACUUGGAGCAAGAUCAAGCAAAGAGUAUGUUCUGCAGCAGAGAGUAUCAAUCUAGGAACAAUCUUUGCUCCUUCAACUAUUGCAGCGGUUUGUUUCAAUGUUUCAAUGCUACCUUUUGUACGUUCAUAUUAUAUAUGCUUAUAAUCCACUUUUAUUUGCAGCUUAUUGCGCUUGGGAUUGGGCUUAUUCCUACACUAAGGAAGCUAUUAAUUGGCAACACGGCUCCACUCAGAGUGAUUGAGGACUCAGUGUCUCUAUUAGGGGAAGGGACGAUUCCUCUUCUGACUCUGAUUAUAGGAGGAAACCUUCUCAAAGGUCUGAGGGGACCAGGAAUGCACAAGUCAGUCAUAAUGGGAGUGUUGGUUGUGCGUAAUGUGGUGCUGCCAAUAUCAGGUGUUGUGAUAGUGCAAGGAGCUCAUCACUUGGGUUUGAUUACAUCAGAACCGCUCUACCAGUUUGUUCUUUUGCUUCAGUAUGUUGUUCCACCCGCAAUGAAUCUUGGUACAAUGACGCAACUAUUCGAGUCAGGAGAAAGUGAAUGCUCAGUGAUUCUCUUCUGGUCUUACGCUUUGGCUUCUGUUUCUCUCACCCUCUGGCCAACCUUCUUUAUGUGGCUUGUUGCCUGA